AUGAUUUUUCCUCCGGAAAUAUGGGAAUGUAUACUUAUUCAUGUCGAUCCGAUAACACUUAUAAAUUUAAAAAUAAUUUGUAAAUGCUGGAAAGACAUUAUUGAUAAAAUAUUAAAGCAAAGUGCCUUAUGGUACAAAUUGUGUAAAAAUGAAAUACCUAAACAUUUUUGGACCACUUUAUGCGAAACAUUGAAUCCAAAUAAAUUAUAUACUAAUUUUCAUGAGGAACAAGAUUUUAAAUUUUGGAUGUCAAUGUAUAAAUUAUGGAUUAAAUGUAAAAAUAUGACAAAAUAUAAUGUGCAAGAAGAAUAUAUUAAACCAUCGUUAAAAAAUAAAUUCUCUGAACAUAUUACUUGUAUAGAUAGUUCAGGUAGUUUAAUAGCAGUAGGAACAUCUGACGGAUUUAUUUAUUUUUAUAAUAUGUGUAACUUAAGUACAAAUACAAAGUAUGUAGUUGAUCAUAUGGAAUGUGUACAAAGUGUACAAUUUCUUAGAGAUGAAACAAAUACCAUUUGUAUCUCUUGUUCUGUAAAUAAUCAUAUAAGUUUUUGGGAUGUGAGUACAUUGAAGCUAAUUCAUGAGACCAGUGGGAAAUUAAUUUGUACAAGUUACAGUUAUUGCUAUAUUGCUAUGAAUAAUACAAUAAGUAUUGAAGGAUCAAUACCAAAACUAAUGUAUGAAUUUGGUUCAGGUAACAUUAUUGCUAUUGGUGCUGACAACAAUAAGGUACUCUUUUAUACGGAAAGAGGAUACUAUGUACAUUUGACUUUGGAUGCAGAUAAAAGGACUUACUCUUAUACACAUGCUGAACCACUAAAUAUAAGAAUUCAUCGUUAUUAUAUAUUUAAACCAAAUAUAAUUGCUUGUAUUACACAACAUGGGUACUUAGGUUUCUUGUUGCAAGGAAGAAAAUGGAAGAUUCAUAACUUGUUUCCUAUGUUACAUGGUAUACCAACUGCAGUUUUAGUUUAUACUCAUGUACUUAUUUUAGGCUUAGAUUCUGGGAAUGUUCACAUAUAUUAUGUAGAGGAUUUUGGCGCAAUUAAUUUUAAUACUAUUAAUUCAAAAAAAUUGAGUCUUGAUUCCACAGCUGUCAUUUCAUUAAAUAUAAUGGUGCACAUUGAGGAGUAUUUAAUUGUUACUUACAGUAAAAAAAUCUAUAUUGUUAAAUUUGUUUAG